UAGGUGAUUGGCUGGAGCAACCAAAAAUAAACUUUUUUUAACACAAUUUGAAGUUCAUAAAAAUGUAUGUGACAGUUAAUCUAAGAUUUUGUUGCUGUUUUUGAAAUAUUUUAUUUAAAUGGGAGUGUGUGUUCUCCGAGUGUGUGUCGGGUCUUCCGUGUAGACCCCUAACAGGAAGCAUUUGAGGUUGAGAAAAGAAAGUGAAACUUUAGUGUCCAUGUGCUGUUGAACGCAUUUCUGUAUUGGUGCAGUUAGUGAAAUGGCAGAAGCAAAUCUUUCAGUGUCUCAGGAUCAGUUCAUCUGUUCAAUCUGUCUGGAUUUACUGAAGGAUCCAGUGACCGUUCCCUGUGGACACAGUUACUGUAUGAGCUGUAUUACAGACUACUGGGAUCAGGAUAAUCAGAGAGGAGUUUAUAGCUGCCCUCAGUGCAGACAGAUCUUCACUACAAGACCUGCUUUAGGUAAAAACACCAUGCUGGCUGAAGUGGUGGAGAAACUGAAGAAGACAAAACUUCAGACUGAUCGAUCUGAUCUCAGUUAUGCUGGACCUGAAGAUGUGGAGUGUGACGUCUGUACUGGGAGAAAAUACAAAGCUAUCAAGUCCUGUCUGAUGUGUCUUGAAUCUUACUGUCAAACUCACUUUGAACAACAUGAAGCUUUUCGCACAGGAAAACGACACAAAGUGAUUGAUGUGACAGGAAGACUUCAGGAGAUGAUCUGCUCUCAACAUGACAGACUCUUUGAGGUUUACUGCCGCACUGAUCAGAGAUGUAUUUGCUUUCUGUGCAUGAUGGAUGAACAUAAAAAUCACGACACUGUAUCAGCUGAAGCAGUGAGAGCUGAGAAACAGAGACUACUGGAGAACAACCAGAGCAAACUCCAUCAGAUAAUCCAGAAGAAAGAGAAGGAGCUUCAGGAUCUAAGAGAGGCUGUGAAGAUUCACACGAUCUCUGCACAGACAGCAGUGAAGGACACUGAGAUGAUCUUUACUGAACUGAUCAGAUCCAUUAAGAGAAGACGAUCUGAGGUGAUACAACUGAUCAGAGAUCAGGAAAAGACUGCAGUGAGUCAAGCUGAAGAACUACUGAAGAAACUGAAGCAGGAGAUUGAUGAUCUGAGGAGGAGAAAUGAUGAGAUGGAGAAACUUUCACAAACAAAAGAUCACAUCAGUUUCCUUCAGAGUUUCCAGUCUCUCUCUUCAUCUACUGGAUCGACAGACAACAUCAUUGUCAGUUCUCUUCUCUCUUUUGAUGAUGUGAGGAAAUCUGUCACUCAACUGAAAGAAAAGAUGGAGGAUUUCUGUGAAGAAGAGAUUGAAAAGAUAUCUAGCGAAGUUACAGACAUUGAAAUUAUUCCCAUCAAUGGACCCAAGACCAGAGCAGAGCUAACACAAUAUUUCAGUCUAUUCGCUCUGGAUCCAAACACAGCAUAUGAAGAUAUUUGUCUGUCUGAGGAGAAUAGAGUGGCUAUACACACUGACACAGAUCAGCAGUGUCCUGUUCAUCCAGACAGAUUUGAUUAUUAUCCUCAGGUGUUGUGUAGGGACAGUUUGUGUGGACGCUGUUACUGGGAGAUUGAGUGGAGUGGGGAUGAUAGUGUGGAAAUAUCAGUGUCAUAUAAGAGCAUCAGCAGGAAGGGAGAAGAUGAUGAAUGUGUAUUUGGACGUAAUGAUCAGUCUUGGAGUUUGUACUGCUCUCUAUCGGAAUCCUCAUUCUGGCACAAUAACAUAGAGACAAAUCUCUCAGUAGUGUCCAGUUCUUGUAGAUUAGGAGUUUAUGUGGAUCACAGUGCAGGAAUUUUGUGUUUCUACAGCGUCUCUGACACAACGACCCUCAUCCACAGAGUCCACACCACAUUCACUGAACCUCUUUAUCCUGGGUUUUGGUUAGAUGAGAGCUCAACAGUAAAAAUGUGUGAUCUAACAGUAUAAAUGAUACAUGCUUAGAUACUGUUUUAUAUCUCUGAUCUAUAUAAAUGCAGAGGUGUAAAGUACUUGAGUUAUUUUACUUGAUUACUGUACUUAAGUAUUAUUUUUGGGGAUUUUUACUUUACUUGAGUACAAUUUAAAAUCAGUACUUUUACUUUUACUUAAUUAAAUUUUUUAAGGAAAAAAAGUACUUUUUACUCCUUACAAUUUUAUUUACAGUCAAAGAGUACUUAUUUUUUAGAGAUCACUUUAUUCUAUUUUCCCUUACUCUUACCAAACCAAUUGAAUUGUGCUGACAGACAGUAUAAUUUAAAUGUUAUUUAUUUUCCUUGGCCGAGAUACAGCGUGCCACUCCCUGAAAUUCAUACGGUCAUAGUUCAGGCACCUUACGUCCGGGGUGUUCGCCCUUCGGGUCCCUUAUCCUACCUGAGAGGGCCUUUUCAACGAGCCAACCCCCGACUCUCUAACCUUUUCUGUGGCCGACGGUCUCCUGAAUUUCAAACGUCCGUGGCUCGGUCGCUUUAAGUCCUAGGCAUUCGCCCUUGGCGUCCCUUAUCCUGAGAGGGCCUUUCCAACGAGCCAAUCCUGACCCUCUAACCCUUUCCCCGGCUGAGAUACAGCGGUCAUUCCCCUGAUUUUCCCACGACUGUAGCUUGGAUGCCUUUGGGUCGCUUAUACCCGAGGGGACUUAAGGUGCCCGAGCUACAGCCGUGGAAAAAAUCGGGGAAAGGACCAUGGUGUCUCGGACGGGGAAAGGGCUAGAGACUCGUGGGUGGCUUGUUGGAAAGGCCCUCUUGGGUAGGAUAAGGGACCCGAAGGGCAAAUGCCCUGGACUUAAGGUGCCUGAGCUAAGGCCAAGGAAAAAUCCGGAAAGGGUUGACCAUAUAUCGGCCCGAGAAAGGGCUAGAGACUCGCGAGUGGGCUCGUCGCAUGAAGAUUUUUUGGCUUCUUUAAAACCGACAACACAUUAAGCCAGCAAAGAGUUGGAUGGAUAUCUGGCCUGAGUUUCAGACACUAGGAAGUCUCUGCUCACGUUCACUGCUAUUUGCAGCCUCUCUAUCAAGACUAAGACCUUGUUCACGCUGUCCGUCCAAAUCUGAUUUUGUUGCAUGUCUGACUGGACAGACUCACUGUCCACAUUGUGUAUCACAACUGUUUAGAUCCGAUCUGUGCGUCCUGUAGGGUUUUGCAAUUUUCUGGAUUAUCUGUUUCUAUGGCAAUGACGUCACACUGGCACAACAAUCGUGUUUACAUUUUACGUGACGCAACAGAAUGACAUAACCGAAAAGCUACAAAAAUACGGUCAGAGCGGUCAGACUUAAAUGUAUUUCUGGAAAUGUGAUUUGAAAAGUAUUUCAAACCACCUCUGGAUAUAGCUUGAAACAGAAAAGAAAAAACAGAUUUCAUGUGGUUUUUAGCCGUUCACACGUUCUAAAUGUGAUUGGGUUCCAAUCGAAUAUGCACCAAAAUCAGAUUUGGAGUGACAGUGUGAACAAGAACUAAUACGCCUCUUUCUGCACUGGCUGUUUGUGAGAUGCUUGAUACUCAAUUUUGAAAAUCAGCUUCUGCUUUAGUUAAAUUCGAGGUUUCAAAACUUUGAGUAGCAUGUUGGAUACUGAAUUUAGGUCGUUUUAUAGUUGAAAUACAAUUAAAUACAAACAGUUGUAAAGCAGAUAAAACCUUGUAUGUGGUGCAUUCACUUCAUGUUUUUAGAGAUUAAAAGCUUAAACAAGAAUCUCUAGUUUAAAUUUUUCCUGUUACUUUUACUUUUUUAAUACUCAAGUACAAUUUUAAUGUGGUACUUUUUACUUUUACUCAAGUAUGAUUCUGGCCAGAUAC